GUAACGUGCUGUACCCAGACAGCUUGACCAUGCUCAGGACCAUUUCUGUGAGCCAAAAGAUUGGUUACUCCCACACUCAUUCAUCUUCAGUUCUGGUUUACAGUAAGACGCAGAAAUUAUUCUGGGAGCGUAUCUCAUAGACAAAGUUUCACAUUAUGACGUCCAAAGUGCCCACCAUCGUGCUGGAUCGCCUCAGCGAUCGCGCGAAGCAGACUCUAGACGUCGUGGCCAAAUUUGUAGAGGAAGAAUGCAUUCCGGCGGACCCUGUGUUUGAAUCCCAGGUUGGUGUGGGCGAUGCGCGAUGGGAGAGCCACCCUCCCAUUCUCGAGGAGUUGAAGGAGAAAGCCAAGAAACUCGGUCUCUGGAACAUGUUCCUACCCAAGGGUCACUACAAGGAGUCCCCUGGGUUCACUAACCUCGAGUAUGGCCUCAUGGCGGAGUGGCUGGGCAAGUCCAAGGUCGCAUCCGAGGCUGUGAACUGCUCUGCUCCGGACACGGGCAACAUGGAGGUCCUGGCCAAGUACGGCAACGAGGAGCAGAAGGCCCAGUGGCUCAAGCCCUUGAUGGACGGCAAGAUUCGUUCGGCUUUUCUGAUGACCGAGCCCGAUGUCGCCUCGUCGGAUGCCACCAACAUUCAGCUGGAAAUCCGCAGAGAAGGCAAUGAAUAUGUUCUCAACGGCUCGAAAUGGUGGUCGAGUGGCGCGGGUGAUCGCCGCUGCGCCCUCUAUAUCGUCAUGGGCAAGAGUGAUCCUCACAACAAGGACGUGUACAAGCAGCAGUCAGUCAUCUUGGUCCCCUCGACUACCAAGGGCAUCACCAUCCACAGGAUGCUCUCCGUGUAUGGCUACGACGACGCUCCUCAUGGGCAUGGCCACAUCACUUUCAAGGACGUUCGCGUCCCGGCGAGCAACCUCGUUCUUGGCGAGGGACGCGGAUUCGAAAUCAUCCAGGGCCGACUUGGACCGGGCCGUAUCCAUCACGCGAUGCGCACCAUCGGAGCCGCUGAGCGAGCUCUUGAAUGGAUGAUCAUGCGCGCCAACGACCCGGCCAAGAAGCCGUUCGGCCAGCUGCUGAGCGAGCAAGGUGUCAUCCUCGAAUGGGUGGCCAAAUCUCGGCUCGAGAUCGAUGCGGCACGUCUAAUUGUGCUCAACGCGGCCAUCAAGAUGGACGAGCUUGGUCCCAAGAAGGCGCUCAGGGAAAUCGCCGAGGCGAAGAUCAUCGUGCCCCAGACGGGACUCACAGUCAUCGACCGGGCAGUCCAGGCGUUCGGCGGAGCAGGUGUGAGCCAGGACACCCCUCUAGCCGCCAUGUGGGCCGGCAUCCGGACCCUGAGACUGGCGGACGGCCCCGACGAGGUGCACCUACGGCAGAUGGGAAGAAACGAGAACAAGAGGGCCAAGGAUAUUACGGAGUCGAUUCAGCGACAAAAGGCCAAGACGGAGGAGCUGAUGAAGUUGUGGAAGACGUUGCCCGCGGAGCCGGGCACCAGGAUUCGUCAUGCCUCGAAACUGUAAAGGACCGGAUUCUGGGGUUCAGAAUAACGGCUUGUUCUUGAUAUUCGAGUCUCUUUGCGGAUUUUAAUAGACACAUCAUGUAUUCGCAAACUGAAGAGACGGAUUGAAGUGAUUGUCCGCCGGUGGUUGUACCCAAGUUCGAGGCUGGAACACAGCUCGUCUAACAUUAAAAUCUUUCAAGUCAUGCAACGGAAAGGGGAAUAUUUACGGAUAUAGAUACCUACUCGGUAUCCGUACUCCGUGCUACUUCGUCGCCUUGGUGAUGGCCUCGGAGGGAGGACGGAAGAGGAUCUCAGAAGCUUCCAUUCCAAUGGACUCGACUGGCC